AUGUCAGACAAUACAAAUCUUGUAGCAGACGACAUGUUAACAAGUUAUGGUACCUCUACAUGUAAAGGUAUGGAUGGACAUACCCAGAAGAGAAGGAGAAUACUGCAGUCUAAUUCAUUUCUGGAUUCACUACUUUGUCAGUUUUUUGGUAUUUCACAUGCAAUAUUUAUUGUGAAAACAUGUGCCACAAAGAAGAGAUUCACACAAUUCAUCAAGUACUUGAUAAGACUCUUUCUAUUUCUCAUCUUUUUUGGAGUUUCUUCAAUGAUUGGUAAGAUAGUCACCAUGGUAUUCGUUGUGCCAAGAGUUGAUGUGCAUGCACCACCUGCUUCUGAUAUUUUACUGGAUACUUUUUCACAUGCAAAUCCUCAAGCAUUCAAAGCAACAGAAAUCAUGACAGCUUGUUUGGUUUUUCUACUGGUUAUCAUUAGUGUUGUGCAUGGAAGGGAGAGGAGUUUUAUUCUGUAUAGAUUCUUGUUUAUUAGUGGAACCCUAAUCAAUUUGAGAACUCUAUGUAUUAGUAUAACAACAUUUAGUAUUCCGUCGAGGGAGCUCUCUCAUCAGUGCUCCAAACUCCAAGAGCUGACUCAAGACAAGUUGUUGUGGAAAUCUGUUAACUUUUUCGAGUUUAGUGAAACAUGUGGUGAUUAUGUCUUCUCUGGACAUGCCACAGCACUCAUCAUUGUAGCAUGGUUUGUUUGGUAUUAUGGAAGGAGUAUUUCAAUAGUGUCAUCGAAAUUCCCACCAGUGUUCAACAAGUUGAUGAAUUUCCUCUUGGUGAGUUUGGUGAUUGUUGGAUGCAUGUGUAUUCUGUUUGCUAAGGAACAUUAUUCGGUCGAUGUGGUUUUAGGAGGAGUGAUAUCGAUCAUGUGGUGUAUACUGUAUCAUUUGUUGUUGGAAGGAUAUAGAAGACAAUGUGAGGAGAAACAUGUCGGAGAGGAAAUUGAGAAGUGCGGAAAAUGUUCUGUACAGUUGUGUAUCCAUUUAUGGUUUAGAAUGGUAGAAGGCAAUUGGAAGAAGCACGAGGAUUCAGAAAGUGUUUAUAAUAUCCUUUGA